UUCUUAAGAAUUAUGAAUUGGCUGUUUACUAUUUGAUUGAAAGGCGGCUGCAGCUAUUUCUUGAAAUUUGAGAGGAGAAUAAAUUUGAAAUUAAUUUUCUCACUAUCUGGAUUGAUUUUAACGUAUUGAAAUUACGUUACUUCUACCUUAAAAAUGUUAUUUUAUUCAUUUUUCAAGUCCCUUGUUGGAAAGGAUGUUGUUGUUGAGUUAAAGAAUGAUUUAAGUAUUUGUGGAACAUUACAUUCUGUUGACCAGUAUUUAAAUAUAAAGCUAACCGAUAUUAGUGUGACAGAUCCUGAAAAGUAUCCUCACAUGCUUUCUGUGAAAAAUUGUUUCAUUCGAGGCUCAGUUGUAAGAUAUGUUCAGCUCCCAGCUGAUGAAGUGGAUACUCAAUUAUUGCAGGAUGCUGCCAGAAAAGAAGCUGCUCAGAGCAAACAAUAAUAAGGUUAUAUGUGUGUAAUCUGGAUAAAGGCAUGCAUCAUCUCUCUCCAUCAUGCUUUUUGUAAAUAAAUCAUUUUUGUUACAUGUCAUGAAAUAAAUUAUCUUUUUUGUCAAA